AUGGAGAACUUCAGCGGUGACCCGAACGCCUCUAAAUGCCACAUUCAGGACAGCGCAGCCCGCAUGAGAGCCUUCAUCUUCUUCUACCUGCUCAUCAUCCUGGCCUCUUUGCCUCUCAACACCUUCUCCCUGUACGUCUCGUGGCAACACAUCCGCCGGAAGAACGAGCUCGGCGUGUACCUUUUCCACCUGGCCCUCAGCGACCUCACCUUCACCGCCGGCCUGAUUCUGUGGCUGGACUUCCUUUGGCGCGGCUUCUGGGCUCACGGCGAUCUGUCUUGCGUGCUAUCCAUCUACUGUCUGUUUACGAAUUUCUACACGAGUGACGCACUCCUCUGCUGCAUCGCCUUUGACCGCUACAUCGCCGUGGUGCAUCCGUUCCGGUGCAGGUUUCUCCGGAAGGUUAGCGCGGCUUUCGGUAUGAGCUCGGCCGUUUGGGUUUUGGUGCUUCUGUUCAACGCUGUCACCAUUUUCACUGAGGACAACCUGCGCGGCGACCCCAUCUUAUGCUUUGACAUCCUCCAGCCGCUGACCGCCAACAUGGCGCGGGCAAACGUGCUAAGAUUCACUCUCGGCUUUGCAAUCCCCGUGUUGGCGGUGUCGUUCUUGGCCUGGGGAAUCUUCAAAGUGGUGCGGAAAAACCAGGCGACGCCUGAGCAGGAGGUGAAGCGCGUGGGGAAACUGUUACUGGCGAUUUGGUUGUGUUUGGUGGUCUGUAUGGGGCCGGUGCACGCGCUGAUGUUGGUGCGAACGCUGGUCAGGGACUGCGAGAGCGUACAAUGGCUGCUGUACCCGCACAAGAUUUCCGUAGCCGUGUCAUGCCUGAACUGCCUUUGCGACCCCCUGCUCUACUGCUUCAUCACCCGGACGGGGAAGGAGGAGCUCCAGCGCGCCGCGGCCUAUGUUCGGGGGAGGACGAGGAGCGCUGAGAGUGGCGAGGCGGUGAGCGUAGGUCUCCAAUGUGGUUGA